AUGGUCCAGAAUGCAUUGAAGGGUCAGCUAAAGGUCAUCAUCAUGGUGACCUUUGCAGAGACUAAGAUGGUCUCCCCCAUGGAGCUUUGCGAGCCCACCUGCCAUAUCAUCCCGCUGUCCCCAGGGCUUCGGCGGAAAAAGAUGAUGUGGCAAAAAGCUGUGAAACACAUCAUCAUCCAGAAGGAGCUUAAUGUCCAGGUGGGCGUGGAGCCCGCGCCCAAGAUGUUCGUGACCGACGCCUACAUCGAGGCCAUCAACCGGCAGAUCCGCGACAAGGCCUCGCGCGGCUCCAAGCGGCGCUCCUCCGCGGUCCGCGUGUUCCCCGUCCCCCAGAGCUCCUCCAGCCCGCACGCCAGCCCGCUGGCGGGCGGCUACGUCAGCGAUGCAGACUUCUUUGUGCGCUGGGGCCACGCGGUGCGCAGCGUCUUCAUCCCGACCCUGAGGCACACCUUCAAGUCCGGGGACCUGGAGAAGCUGUACCAGCAGCACCUGUCCCACCAGCGCCGCAGCUCGCUGGCCGUCGCCAACGUCAUCGACGCCGUGGCCAAGCUCCACAUCCUGGUGCUGUACCUGGCGCUGGCGCCGGAGGCCGUGCCGGACCACCUGCGCGGGUGGCUCACGGCCCUCUUCAUGGCGCUCGCCGUGACCCUGUGCGUGGUGGUGAUGACCUGCAAGGCCUCCAUAUCGCCGCGGUGGCUCCGUUACGCCGGCCUGGCCAGCUGGCUGUCCCAGACCACGCAGGGGCUGGGGGGGCUGGGGUACGGGCUGGAGCGGGACCCCUCGGGGUAUGUGCUCUUCACGCUGUUCGCCACGUACACGCUGCUGCCGCUGCCCCUGCUGUGGGCCAUGUGCGCCGGCGCCCUGACGUCGGCACUGCACCUGGGGGCGGAGGCGGUGCACUGCUACCACGACGCCCUGCUUCUGAGACAGGUGUUUGCCAAAGGCCUGCUUUACUUUGGGAUGAACACAGCAGGCUUAUUCAUCCACUAUCUGACAGACCGUUCCCAACGGCAGGUUUUUCUUGAGACCCGUCGUUGCAUCGAGGGCCGCCUCAAACUGGAGAUAGAGAACCAGAGACAGGAGCGUCUGGUGCUGUCCAUCCUGCCUUCCUUUGUUGCCUUGGAGAUGAUAGCUGAUAUGAGCACUUUAGAGGAUGAGCUCAGUACACAGGAAUUUCACAAGAUCUAUAUCCACCAGUACAAAGAUGUCAGUAUCCUUUUUGCUGAUAUCAAGGGCUUCACCCUGUUAUCCAUGAACCUCUCUGCUCAGGAGCUGGUCAAAGUACUCAAUGAACUGUUUGGCCGCUUCGAUCGGCUGGCAGAGGAAAACCAUUGUAUGAGGAUAAAGAUCCUAGGAGACUGUUACUACUGUGUGUCCGGGGUGCCUGAGCCCCAGCGUGGCCACGCCCGCUACUGCGUGGAAAUGGGCCUGGCCAUGAUCAGCACCAUCCGGCUCGUGAAGCAGCAGCUCAAACACGACGUGGACAUGCGGAUCGGGAUCCACUCGGGCUCGGUGCUGUGCGGGGUGCUGGGCCUGCAGAAGUGGCAGUUUGACGUCUGGUCCUGGGACGUGGGCAUCGCCAACAUGCUGGAGGCUGGAGGCAUCCCUGGACGCAUCCACAUCUCCCGGGCCACGCUGGACUGCCUGGACGGGGUCUACCAGACCGAGCUGGGACACGGAGCGGACAGGAGCGAGUUUCUUCGUAAGCACAAGAUCGACACCUUCCUGGUCUGUCCUAAAGAGAAUGGGACCCCCCUCGAACAAACGGAGCGCACCAAAACCGGGAAGGCGAGCCGCACGUGGAACCCUGAGCUGCCCUUUGGGAACAUCACCGAUAUGAACUGUAUCCUGGCCUCCUUCACCAAUGGAUCCCUGGCCCAGCUGCCCAACCCGCGCCAGUCCACCGCAAAGGAGAUCAACAGGCGCAUCCAGCACGCCAUCCAGGUGCGAAGCGGCGACCGCAUGCACCAGGAGCACAUCGCCCCCUUCACGCUGGUCUUCAAGGACACACACAUCGAGAGCAAGUUCUCCCAGAUGAGAGAUGAAAUGUUCAACUCCAACUUGGUUUGCUCCUUCAUCAUGCUCCUCUUCCUCAUGGCUGCCCAGGCCCUUAUCCCCGCCCCCAGGCAGUACCCAGCCGUUCUCCAGUUCUCCCUCUUCCUGCUGGCCUACCUCCUGCUGCUCCUGCUGGCCCUGGCCGAGGAGUUCAGCCGGGCCCCCUGGGCCCUACAGCAGGCCUGCUGCUGGAUCCACGAGAACAACAGCGCCCGCAACCUGCUCACGCUCGCCGCCAUCGCCAUCCACUUUGGCCUGGCCUCCUUCGACAUGAUGUGGUGCAUUAUAAGGGAUAAGGAGCCAGCAUUGGCUGAGGUCACAGACAGAAACAGCCCUGCUUCCCCCAACCAACAACCACUUAGCCUUUGCACUUACCCAGAGUUCUUCGUGUUGAGCGGGGUGAUCGCCAUGGUGACCUGCGCAGUAUUCCUGCGUCUCAACUCCCAGCUGAAGCUGGCAAUGUUGCUGCUGGCUAUGGCUGCAAACUGUUGUCUAAUUCACCUGGCCUUCAACAUGCUCAGCCAAGACACACUGCACAGGUCUAGCUACCUGCGGAGAAAAGGAAUCUCAAUUCUUCUCAUGGCCAUGUUUCUGGUCGCUAUUUCCUACAAUGGACGGCAGUGGGAGGCCACGGCCAGGCUGGACUUCCUGUGGCGCCUGCAAGCCCAACAGGAAGUAGAGGACAUGAGGGAGUUACGUGAACACAAUGCGUGUUUGCUACACAACAUUUUACCAGCACACGUGGCCCAACAUUUUUUGGAGAGAGGCAAGAAUGACAAGGAGCUCUACUCCCAGUCCUACGAUGAAGUGGGCGUGAUGUUCGCCUCCAUUGCUGGCUUCAACGACUACUACGAGCAAAAAGAGAUCAAACACGAAGGGGUGGACUGCCUGCGACUGCUGAACGAGAUCAUCGCUGGCUUUGACGAGUUGCUGGAGGAGUCCUACUUCCACUUUGUGGAGAAGAUAAAGACCAUCGGGAGCUGUUACAUGGCUGCCUCUGGUCUGGCGCCAGACAAACAGGGGAGGAGGUAUGAAUGGAACCACCUGAGUGAGCUGGUUCUAUUCGCACUAGCCAUGCAGGAGACCUUGAAGGAGAUUAACAGGAACGCGGGCAAAAACUUCCAGCUACGUGUGGGCAUCGCCCAUGGGCCGGUGAUUGCUGGGGUCAUCGGGGCCACAAAGCCACAGUACGACAUCUGGGGCACCACGGUGAACCUGGCCAGCCGCAUGGACAGCACCGGGGUGAACGGCCGCAUCCAAGUGCCCGAGGCCACCAAGAAACUACUGGCUGACUGGGGCUUUGUGCUGGAGCUGAGGGGGGAGAUUUUCGUCAAGGGGGUGAGCGAGUCCAAGGGGAAGGUCCGCACCUACUUCAUCGGCAGCAUGCGGAGCAGGAACUCCCACAGCCGCAAAGAGAGACUCAACAAGAGGCGGUCCGGGGCCCGACACACCCUGGCCGAGGUGGUGUUUGGGCUGGUGCAGGCCAGGAACAAGGAGAAGAAGAGGGAGCCUAAUCCAAGCCUGACUGUGUUGCCCUGCCUUUCUGACUGCUGA